AUGUCCGUCCUUCCGCCUGAGGUCCACACCGCGCUGAGUGCCCUCUUGAAGGGUCUUGAGUCCCGCGACAAUGUCGAGCGCACUGCCGCCGAGGAGCAGUUGAACAAGGACUGGGUGGGAGAAAGACCAGAUGUGCUCCUCAUGGGUUUGACGGAGCAGAUCGCUCUGGCACAGGAGUCUUCGACUCGGAUAUUCGCCGCCGUCCUCUUUCGACGACAGUCGUCCAAGCCUCGAAAAGAUGCCAACGGUCAGACCAGAGACCUUUUCCUGACGCUCCAGCAAGCCGAGCGUGAUGCCAUUCGGGCAAAACUUCUACAGUGUCUCUCGACUGAGAACGACGGAACCGUGCGGGGAAAGAUUGCGGAUGCGAUUGCGGAGCUCGGACGACAGCACACAGACGAGAGCGUUCCCUGGCCAGAGCUUCUGGGUGCUCUGUUUGCCGCCAGCCAGUCGAGCGAUGCAGGCCAGCGAGAUACUGCCUUCAGAAUAUUCUCUACCACUCCAGGCAUAAUAGAGAAACAGCACGAGGAUGUCGUCAUCAACGCUUUCAAGGGUGGAUUCGGUGACAGCGACACUACAGUCCGCAUCUCUGCGGUGGAAGCCUUUGCUUCUUUCUUCCGCUCAAUCACGAAGAAAGCGCAGCCAAAGUACUUCGCGCUUGUCCCUGACGUUCUGAACAUUCUACCUCCGAUCAAGGAGUCCAGAGAUGGAAACCUCCUCACCAAGGCAUUGAUCUCUUUGAUCGAUUUGGCAGAGGUUGCACCAAAGAUGUUCAAGCCGCUGUUUAACAGCCUUGUUCAAUUCAGCGUGUCGGUCAUUCAAGACAAAGAGCUUGAUGAGACGCCCCGUCAGAAUGCGCUCGAACUCAUGGCAACUUUUGCGGAUGUUGCUCCCCAGAUGUGCCGCAAGGAUCCAAAUUAUACCAAUGACAUGGUCACCCAAUGUCUUUCGUUGAUGACUGAUGUCGGCGAGGAUGAUGAUGACGCCGAGGAGUGGAAUGCCUCGGAAGACGUGCAGCUCGAUGCCGAUGAGAGCGAUUCAAAUCAUGUUGCCGGAGAGCAAUGCAUGGACCGUCUUGCCAACAAGCUGGGAGGCCAGUCAAUCUUGCCCCCAACAUUCAGUUGGCUGCCACGGAUGAUGACCUCGUCCGCAUGGCGAGACAGGCACGCUGCUCUCAUGGCCAUUUCUGCCAUCUCCGAAGGCUGCCGCGAAUUGAUGAUUGGUGAACUCGACAAAGUCCUGGAUCUCGUCCUACCCGCUCUUCGAGAUCCCCACCCAAGAGUCCGCUGGGCUGGUUGCAAUGCUGUGGGCCAGAUGAGCACCGAUUUCGCGGGAACCAUGCAGGAAAAAUACCACCAGGUUGUCCUUCCAAAUAUCAUUCCAGUCUUGGAGUCCGCCGAGCCCCGUGUCCAGGCCCAUGCUGCCGCCGCGCUCGUGAACUUCUGUGAGGAAGCUGAGAAGCACGUUCUUGAGCCAUACUUGGAUAACCUCCUCAACCACCUCCUUAUGCUGCUCCAGAGCCCUAAGCGAUUCGUUCAGGAACAAGCCCUGUCUACCAUCGCCACCGUGGCCGACUCUGCGGAAGCCGCGUUCUCAACGUACUACGCGACACUGAUGCCGCUCCUUUUCAAUGUCCUUAAGGAGGAACAGUCAAAGGAGUACCGGCUACUCCGCGCGAAGGCUAUGGAGUGUGCUACCUUGAUAGCUCUUGCUGUCGGAAAGGAGCGCAUGGGAGAUGAUGCACUGGGAUUGGUGCAGCUUCUCGGCCACAUCCAAAACAACGUUCAGGAUGCAGACGACCCGCAGGCCUCGUACCUGCUCCACUGCUGGGGCAGGAUGUGCCGUGUCCUUGGUCAGGAAUUCGUGCCUUACCUUCCGGCUGUCAUCCCUCCGUUGACUGAGCUGGCUGGCGCCAAGGCCGAUAUUCAGCUUCUUGACGACGAGGACCAAGUUGCACAGAUCCAAGAUGAGGAAGGUUGGGAGUUGGUCCCUCUCAAGGGCAAGGUCAUUGGCAUCAAGACCAGCACUUUGGAUGACAAGAACAUGGCCAUCGAGCUGAUUGUCAUCUACGCACAGGUUUUGGAGGCCUCUUUCGAGCCAUAUGUUAAUGACAUCAUGGACAAGAUUGCUCUCCCAGGUUUGGCUUUCUUCUUCCACGACCCCGUGCGAGUCGCCUCGGCCAAAUGUGUACCUCAGCUUCUCAAUGCCUACAAGAAGGCCCACGGCCCCGAGUCAACACAGCUUGGUCAACUCUGGGAGCGAACUGUGGAGCGUGUCCUUGAGGUUCUUAGUACCGAGCCUGCCAUUGACACCCUCGCAGAGAUGUACCAGUGCUUCUACGAAUGUGUGGAGGUUCUCGGCCGAAACAGCUUGACCAGCACCCACAUGGCGACCUUCAUCGAGUCAGCUAGGUCUGUACUAAAGGAUUACCAGGAGCGUGUGAAGGAACGCAUGGAGGAGCAGGCAGAGAACGAGGAUGGUGAGGAGGUAUCUGAGGAGACCCUCUACGCUAUCGAGGACGACCAGAACUUGCUCUCCGAUAUGAACAAGGCAUUCCAUACCAUCUUCAAGAACAUGGGCACUGCCUUCCUCCCACACUGGGAGGGCUUGAUGGAGUACUACAAGGCAGCCGUUGUCAACCAGGACCCUACUCAGCGUCAAUGGGCCAUCUGCAUCUUUGACGACGUUCUUGAGUUCUGCGGUCCUCAAAGCUGGGCCUACAGCUCUCACAUCAUCCAGCCUCUCAUCGAUGGCAUGCAGGACGACGUCCCAGCCAAUCGACAAGCUGCAGUGUACGGUGUUGGUGUCGCUGCCCACAAGGGUGGAGAGGCCUAUUCGGAGUUUGCCGCCGCCAGCCUACAGAUGCUCUUCCAGGUCUGCCAAAGGCCCACUGCCCGCGAUGACGACGAUGUGUUCGCUACUGAGAACGCAUGUGCCAGUAUCGCCAAGAUCCUUCACUACAACUCCUCCAAAGUACAAAACUGGCAGGAUAUUGCCAACGCAUGGUUCGAGACACUACCCGUGACGAACGAUGAGGAGGCCGCUCCUUAUGCAUAUGCUUUCCUAGCCCAAUUGAUCGACCAACAAAACCCAACCGUAAUCAACCAAGCCGCCAAAGCCUUCCAAUACGUCGCGCAAGCCCUCGAGGCCGAGACCCUCCAAGGCCAGACCGCCAACCGCGUCGUCGCCGCCACCAAGGCUCUCGUCCAGGCCACCGGCGUGGAUCUCGCCCAGGUCGCUGGCACGCUCACUCCCGAGCAGCAGCGCACCGUGCAGGCUUACUUCAGCUAAAGGCGAUUUUCUUCUUUCAAGGCGACGAUUGAUUGAUUGACGACGCUGCUACUACUUGUUUUGGGAAAAUGGCGACGGGAUGGGAUUGGAGGUUUAGAAUAAACUGAGUAUGCAUUGGAAUAACGACGACGAUGAUGACGAACGCGAUUGUCCACACACACUUGUGACAUUGGAAAAUAGGAUGGAUGACGGGAAGGAAAUCACCCCUUAACAACACCCAGCAAGACAGAGAGAGAGAGAGAGAGAGAGAGAAAGAGAUAAUACCAUAUAGUAGAAUGAAAAUUACC